AUUUGAGAAAUUCCCAAAUCCUGACUAAGGCCACGGGUUAAACCGUUAAACAACAACAAAAUUAAUAUGCCACAAAAUGGCACUUUGCAGUUUGCAGGUGUCAGUAUCAGUCAAUGGAGGGAAGGGCAUGUUUCGCUUGCACCUGUUGAGCCCAUCCUCCAACCACAGCAACGACCUCCGACUAAAGUUGCCGGGAAGAACCAUCCGCCGGCCAGCUCCUCACUCUCAUCCCAUGGCCGAGCUGAUAAAUUCGACCCAUUCUUCUGUUUGUGAUUUCCAUGAGCAGUAAUGAGCGCAGGUGGUUCUGCUUGCAACAAGACACAAUUGCCUUCAGUUCAGUUCAGUUCUCUUGUUUUUACUCAUUGCUCCAAAAGAACAAGUUCAACUUCAAAGAUGAGAGAUGAUCCUCUAUCUUGUUGCUGUUACUGUUGCACCAUUCAUGAAUCGUUUCUCGAAUUUCUCAACCCUUUCCUUCUGGAACUCCAAUAUAAGACAAGCUGUGAACCAAGGCCAUGUACAAAAAGCCCUUCUUCUUUUCCGCCAAAUGAAGCAAACUGGGGUUACACCCAAUGGUUCCACCUUUCCCUUCGUUGCAAAAGCCUGUGCCAGAAUCUCCCGUCUCAGGAACUCCAAAAUGAUCCAUGCCCAUGUUGCCAAAUCCUGCUUUCAGUCCAAUGUUUUUGUGCAAACCGCGAUGGUUGAUAUGUACGUUAAAUGUGGUCAUCUGGAAGAUGCACACCAUGUGUUUGUUGGAAUGCCCACUAGGGAUAUUGCUUCUUGGAAUGCAAUGCUUGCAGGUUUUUCUCAGAGGAGUUUUGUUGACAGGUUUUUCUGUCUACUGCAUGAGAUGAGGCAUACUGGGAUUCAUCCUGACUCAGUCACUGUCUUGCUCCUGAUUCAAUCUGUUUUGGAUUUGAAAAACCCAAAUUUUGUGAAUGCAGUGCAUUGUUUUGCAAUUCGAAUUGGAGUUCAUAUUGAUGUUUCUGUCGCAAACACUUUGAUUGCUGUGUAUGCUAAAUGUGGUGACUUGUGUUCAUCAGAGAUAGUAUUUGAUGAAAUUGACAGUAGUAUUAGGUCUGUUGUCUCAUGGAAUUCUAUGAUUGCAGCAUAUGCAAAUUUUGAAAAGUAUGACAAGGCUGUUGAUUGUUAUAAAGGGAUGCUUGAUUGUGGGCUUUUGCCGGACAUUAGUACAAUCCUCAAUUUGCUUUCAUCAUGUGUGCAACCCAAAGCACUAUUUCAAGGUCUGCUGAUUCAUUCUCAUGGAAUUCAGUUAGGUUGUGAUGCUGAUGUGUGUGUGGUGAAUACUCUUAUUUCUAUGUAUUCCAAGUGUGGGGAUGUCCAUUCUGCAAGAUUAUUGUUUGAUGGCAUGUCUGUCAGAACUUGUGUUUCAUGGACUGUAAUGAUUAGUGGGUAUGCGGAGAAAGGAUAUAUGGAUGAGGCAUUAAACUUGUUUAAUACAAUGGAAGCAUCAGGCGAAAAUCCAGAUUUGGUUACUGUGCUUGCUUUGAUUUCAGGUUGUGGUCAAACAGGAUCUCUUGAACUUGGGAAAUGGAUUGAUAAUUACUCUAUUAACAAAGGGUUGAAAGAAAAUAUUGUAGUUUGUAAUGCACUAAUUGACAUGUAUGCAAAGUGUGGAAGUUUUAGCAAUGCUAAGGAGCUUUUCUAUUCUAUGGCUAACAAAACUAUCGUCACCUGGACAAUCAUGAUUACAGCUUGUGCUUUGAGUGGAGAUGUUAAGGAUGCUUUGGACCUGUUUCUUGUGAUGGUGCAGAUGGGAAUGAAACCAAACCACAUAACAUUUCUUGCUGUUCUCCAAGCUUGUGCUCAUGGAGGUUUACUUGAAAGAGGAUUGGAGUGCUUCAGCAUGAUGACACAAAAGUAUGGUAUAAGGCCUGGUAUAGACCACUAUUCAUGUAUGGUUGAUCUUCUUGGUCGUAAAGGACAACUGAGAGAAGCUUUAGAAAUUAUUGAAUGUAUGCCAUUUGAACCUGAUGCUGGUAUAUGGAGUGCAUUGCUGUCUGCAUGCAAACUGCAUGCUAAGAUGGAGAUGGCCAAAUAUGUUUCAGAGAGGCUAUUUCAGUUGGAGCCCCGUGUGGCAGUUCCAUAUGUGAAGUUGGCUAACAUAUAUGCAUCAGCUGGGAUGUGGGAUGGAGUUGCAGCUAUAAGAAGAAAGAUGAAAUAUCUUCAAGUGAGAAAAUGUCCUGGACAAAGCAUUAUCCAAGUGAGUGGCAACACUCAUAUCUUUACAGUUGAAUAUAGACAUCACCCUGAAGCCUUGUAUAUAUAUGAUAUACUAGAUGGCUUGACUUCUCAUUCUAGACAAGCCCAACUAACAAAUUCAGAGGUAAUUUCGAACAUGGAUAUUAUUGAUUUAUGAUGUACAUUUUGUUGAGUAUAUAUUCUCGCUCAUGGAAAUAAAAUUCUUAAUUAAAUGAAUGUAGUGAUUAUUCAUUUCUCACUUAAUUUCGUUUUAAUAAAUACUUUUCCUGGUCUGAUCACUGAAUCACAUUCAAAUCAAUCCAAUCAAACAUGAAAUAAUAUUUCACUGUUAUAUUUUUGCACUAUGAAGCCAAUAAGUAGGAAUGGCUAAUAGAUGAUUGGCCCUAGGCAUUGUGUGGCCAAACUCAGUCAUGUUCAAUUCACUUGGCAAGAAGUUGUUUUUAACUUCCAAUCAAAGCAAUGCACAAGCUGUGCCAACACUAACCAAACCACAGUUCGGGCUAACUGCAGUCCAGGACAUCCUCUUCUGCCAAACCCAAACGGUAUCAGUUGGAAGUCUGAAGUCUCUCCCUCUAACAUCAGUCUAUCUUCCCUCAGAUCUUUCUGGCCAGAAUUCCUCCGGCUCAGUCCAAAUUCUAGGGUCUCAUAAUUUUCCAUGCAUUUAUUAUGACCCUGGAAUUUUUUGGUAUGAAGAAAUUUUCAACAUUGCAAUCUUUCAUAGAUGGUGUGGUACCAGUAAUGGUGACACUGGAUGGAUUCUCAAGGUUUCCUUGAUGAACAUGUCUAAAUACUUCAACUUUUCCAAUUUUGAUUCCUCCACCACCCUAUUUAUACUCGCCAUAUAUUCCAACUCCAUUUAAACUUUCUUCAUCACCCCUGGAUUCUUUAUUACUGAAAGUGCUCACUCAAUUGCUGUAGCUGAACUGUUCAUUGAACCAACCAGCACAUCCUAUGUAGGAAUUAAAGAAAAUUAAAAUGCGGUAGAGAAACAUGCAUAGAAGAAAUAUCUAUUCUUACAAUAAUAAGCAACAAGAAAAAUUAUCUUUUAUUUCUCAUUUGCGAUUCUCUAUCACUUUUAUUCUCCCCAUUUUGUUGGGUCUUACCAAUGAAUCUUA